UUUCCAGGCACAGAAACAAGAUGGCGGACGGAUGGGAGCUGGUGAAACAGGGGGCGGAAGCUAAGAUAUUCUUGACAGAGUUCUACAAUCGGCCAACUGUGGUAAAGCAGAGGUUUUGUAAGUGUUACAGACACCCUUCUCUCGACGAGAAGCUCACACGAAGACGCACAACCCAAGAAGUCCGUUCCAUGUUGCGAUGCCGAAAAGUCGGGAUUUCUACUCCAACAGUCUAUUUUGUGGAUUAUGAAGCUUUCUGUAUUUACAUGGAGAGAAUAGAAGACUGUAUGACCGUGAGAGAUGUCGUUAAUGGCCUUUUAGAAGAUUCUUCUUUGCAAGCGACUGAAAAGUUGUACGAGCUAGCAAAAGAAAUUGGAGUGUUAUUGGCGAAGAUGCAUCAAGUUGAUUGCAUACACGGAGACCUCACCACUUCAAACUUGCUGACUAAAAAUUCAAGCAAUGCAAUCACCAUUAUUGACUUUGGUUUGAGUUCUGUGUCGUCUUUGGCGGAGGAUAAAGGUGUGGAUCUGUAUGUCUUGGAAAGAGCUUUUCUGAGCACCCACCCUAACACCGAGAAGAUCUUUGAAGCCAUUCUAGAUGCUUACAGAAAGAAUGCUAGGAAUGCGACUGAAGUAAUCAAGAAGUUAGAUGAGAUUAGGAUGAGAGGUAGAAAAAGAACAAUGGUAGGUUAAAAGUAGAGGCAGCAAACAUAGUUAUAUUUUACUGCCCACCCACACCUAACAACUUUAGUCUAGCCGAAAGUCUCCAUGUUUCAUUCUUGGUCCCAGCAAAGUGUUAUAGUCAAAGUGUACGUAGUUGGCAAACCAGUACAAAGACCUGGCGAACUAGCACAAAGACCAGGGCAAAGACCAGCACAAAGACCAGCAGAAGGCCAGGACAAAGACCAGCACAAAGAACAGUGCAGAGACCAGCACAAAGACCAGGGCAAACCAGCACAAAGACCAGGGCAAACCAGCACAAAGACCAGGGCAUUAUAAAGAGUGUAUUAGUGCUAAACCAGCCUAUAGUGUAUUCCACAAGUUUAUGAAAAACACUUAAUUAUGGACUUUUUGAUACAAUAUAACUUGAUUAGAGCAGAUCAUGCCAAUCUGGUCUUUUUUUGAUUGGCCCACAUUCUUUUUCUUGGUAACUAUGCUCAUUAUGCCAUGUGUAGAUAUAAAUAAAUGUGUCAAUGUUUUAGUAAUUACUUUUUAUUUUUAAAACUGAAGUAACAACAUAAUGUCUAUACAAAGUCACAUAUUUUUUCAAAUGUUUUAUACUGCUAAUAUUUAUUUAGUUUUAGAAACUAGAGGAUAAUAUAAAGACUAUUUCUGUA